CUGAUUUUCAAAAUGGCUACCGCCGAGCGCAGAGAAGCAAGGAGAAGAAAAUUGCUCCAGAACUCGGAAAAUCGCUUGAACAGAAUUCUAGGAAGCCGCUCAAGUCAUUCUAAUACGUCCCAGCCCCAAAUCGAAAACGACGAAAGUGUCUCACAGAACAAUUCUGUGGAAAGCGAUGGUGUUUUCGUUGAGAGGGAAGUUCUUGACAGUGAUCUUAACGGAAGUGAAAGAGCUGAUAAAGUGUUACCAUUAACGGAUAAGACUACAGAAAUGGAGCCAUCGGAAGGCGUUUUUGAAUCGAAAUAUUUAGAGAGAAAGCGAUUAAUGGAUGCAGAGGUAAGACCUCCAUCCGCAUUGAGAGAUCGGGACUCAACUCCACAAACUACUGAGCAAAGGGAUGAAGGCAGUUUGUCAAAGACAGCAUCAAAUACCGGUUGUUGGAGAGUUGUUUUGAAUGUGAUUCUAGCGUUUAUGUUAGUGAUCCAUUGGUUUUAUUUCAAUUUGGAAACUUUGCUUUCACUCAGUGGCAAAGAAAAAACUGAAAGUUCUGCUGUAAAGCAUUCAGUUCAAUCACAGGUGAGAUUAUGCAGGGGUGACUGUAAAGUGCCCCUUUAUCAUUUGUUCUUUGGCUGAUUACAUACCCAUGCCAUAGCCAUAUACUCCCAGGGGAGGGGGGGGGGGUACUGCCAUAUAUGGGCUAUAUAGGUAUGUGCCACUGUGAAGGGUAUGGUUUUCAGGCAGUUUACUCUAGGAUAGGGUAUAUAAAUCAGAGUGUUUGGGUCUAGAAUAGGGUAUCAUUUUUCAGGAAAAUGAUCAGUUGGUUGAAGAUUUUAUCUAGACAAGGGAAACAGCUUCUCUAGGAUAGGGGGAUUUGGGAAGUUUACUCUAGUAUAGGGUAGCAAAAUUCAGCUGAACUAGCUCUGGUAUAGGUUAAGGGUUCCAGGGUCCCAGAGGCACAUCCCCACCCAGAAAUUCCUAAAGUACCCCCCCGGGCAUAUACUGUAUUUCCUCGAAUAAGCACCUACGCUCUAAUAAGCCCCCCGAGUAAGUGCCCGCCCUCUUGGCGAAAAUAUCAAACACCCCCGCCCUUGAAUAAGUGCCCCCUCCCCUCCCCCAUUAUAUUCUUUAAUAAUAGGGAUACAAGGAAGACCAGUAAAAAAAUAUCCAUUGACACUGCUGGGAAGAGAAUCUUAAAAUUAGCAAAUUUACGAAGUUUAAUGGUGACAUGUCCAAAGCAAGCGAAGUUGUUGCUCCAAAAAGUCUUGAAAUUUUAUACUCGUUUGUAUGAUGGUGGGUACGAACUUGCCCCCUAUCAUACAAACAUCUAUAAAAUUCUGAGACUUUGCAGACUAAACAUCUUUGUCAGCUUUUGACAAAUCACAUUGAAACUCAGCAACUUCACACUGAUUUUAAGGCAUUCUUUCUAAGUUUCAAGUUUAUUUAUUAUAUAUAAAAACUAUUUACAAUCGAAUCUGACUGACCUGCAGGUAGCUAAACUAAUCGAAGUAGGUCAGUCUCACAAGUUCUAAAUAUCACAGAUUUCAAAAAAAAGAGAUUAACAACGUAACAGUUUUUCAAAAAGAAAGAGAGGAACAUAUAAGCAAUAAUGGUUCCACGUUAAAUCAGAAAAACGAAAACUAAUUAAACAACAAAAAAAGUAACAGUUAUGAUGAUAGGUACUAAAUAUAUAGAGAGAAAAGAGUUGUGAGUUAUUAUUAUUAUUAUUAUUAGUGAAUUAUUAUUUUUUUUAAGUUUGGCCAUGAUUUUGUUAUUAUCUAUAUAGUUGUCUUCGGUUUUCAGUGUAUACAAUUAAGCUCCUUUAAGUUAUCUUCUGAAAGUCUUCUUUGAUAUGUUUUUAAAGCUAUUUGGCAUCUCAUUCCUUAUCUUUGUGCCAACAGGAGAGAAUGCAUGCGCUGAAAACACAUACCCCUAGUCAUAUGUGUUUCUCACCUGGGAAACACAUAUCCCUUGUGAUAUGUGUUCACCCACCUGGGAAACAAAUAUCCCUAGUGGUAUGUGUUCCCCUACCAAGGAACACGUAUCCCUACUGAUAUGUGUUCCCCUUCCUGUGAAACACAUAUCCCUACUGAAAUGUCUUCCCCUACCUAGGAAACACAUAUCCCUGGUGAUAUGUGUUCCCCUACCCAAGAAAAUGUAUUCCUAAUGAUAUCUGUUCCCCUACCCAGAAGCACUUAUUCCUAAUGAUAUGUGUUUGACUACCUGGGGAACACAUACCCCUAGUGAUAUGUGCUCCCCUACCUGGCAAAGACACAUCCCUAGUAAUAUGUGUUCCCCUAUCUAAGAAACACAUAUCCCUAGUGAUUUCUGUUCCCCUACCUGGGACACACAUAUUCCUUGUGAUAUGUGUUCCCCUACCUGCGAAACACAUAUCCCUAGUGAUAUGUGUUUCCCCACCCUGGAACACAUAUCCCUUGUGAUAUGUGUUCCCCUACCUAGCAAACACAUAUCCCUAGUGAUAUGUGUUCUCCUAUCCUAUAUGUGGUCCCCUACCUGGGAAACACAUGUCCCCAGUAAGAUGUGUUCCCCCACCUGGGAAACACAUAUUCCUAGUAAUAUGUCUUCCUCUACCCGGGAACAUGUAUCCCUAGUGAUAUGUGUUCCCCUACCUGGCAAACCAAUAUCCCUAGUGAUAUGUGUUCCCCUCUCUGAGAAACACAUAUCCCUAGUAAUGUGUGUUCCCCUACCUGGGAAACACAUAUUCCUAGUGAUGUGUGUUCCACUACCUGGGAAACACAUACCCUUAGUGAUAUGUGUUCCUCUACCCUGAAACACAUAUUCCUAGUGAAAUUUUUUCCCCUACCUGGGAAACACGUAUCCCUUGUGAUAUGUGUUCUCCUACUUGGGAAAGACAUAUUCCUAAUGAUUUGUGUUUCUCUACCCGCAAACACGUAUCCCUGGUCGAAUGUGUUUCCCUACCUGGGAAACACAUAUCCCUUUUGAUAUGUGUUCUUCUACCUCGGAAACACAUAUUUCUAGUGAUAUGUGUUCCCCCACCCAGGAACAUGUAUUCCUAGUGAUAUGUGUUCCCCUAGCUUGGAAACACAUAUCCCUAGUGAUUAUGUGUUCCCUAGCUGGGAAACACAUACCCCUAGUGAUAUGUGUCCCUCGACCUGGAAAUAACAUAUUUCUAGUGAUAUGUGUUUCCCUACCAGGGUAACACAUAUCCCUAGUGAUAUGUGUUCCACUACCUGGGAAAAACAUAUCCCUUGUGAUAUGACUUUGUGUUCCCCUACUCGUGAAACCUUUCAUAGUUUUGUACUGCAAUUGUUGUCAGGGCUGUCACUCAGAUUUCAUGUUGCUGGGUUUGGGCAAUUAUUAGUAGGUGGGAAUUCAACAGUUACUGUGAAACUCAAAAAACCGUGAACAUUAGAAAUAUUUAUGGAAUGUUAUUGUGUUUCGAGAAAUAAGCCAAUAAGGCACGGGAUAACUAAACCGCAAACAGCAAUGGUAAUUAGUUUGUUUUUUUGAGGUUUGCUCACGUGUCCUGAACUUUAUUUUGAUUGGCCAGUACACAAACAAUAUUCCCAAAAUUUUUCAGGUGUUCACGGUUUUCUGAGAUUGACAGGAAGAUUUUCCUUCGGUUCUAUCCUUUGGUUCUUUGCUCAUGAUAGCCAGCUGAAAUUCCAGCCUGCAGCUCGUAGUGACAGCCCUGGUUGUUGCUGUUUCAGUCAGCAUGACAUGGUUUCAUUUGGUGUGUAACAAAUUAACUUCCUUAUUUCUCAGUAAGCACAUGGAGAUGAUAAGAUUUAAGCAAUGUCAGAAUACAAAUGAUUGUCCAGCUAACAAGUUGAUUUUCUUUUUUGCAGUCUUUAAUCUGGCCAUUUCUUGCUUUACAACUAUUUUUGGUCUGUGGCACAAGAUUUAGGCAGGUACAUGUAUGUUAUGAUAGUGUAAUGUGUGGUAGGAAUAGGCCCUUUGCAGCUUAAGGUCACGUGACCUGUUUAAUGCAAAAACUUGAUUCCACUUAAACAAAAUCAGAGGUGGAAAGAGCAUGAGAAUUAGCUAGGAAGCUAAUUUGAGGUGAUCAACACAUGACACUAAGAUAUUAUAAGUGAUGGAAUAUCUGUAUUUUACAGUUAGUAUUUUUUAUGGAAAAAAUGUUACACUGCAAGGUAUGCAAUUGAGGGACGUGUUUUUGCAUUGCUGCAUACAUAUUCAUAUAAUAUUCACACCAUAAUGAAAUUGCACCGUUAAGAGUUUAACAGCUGAAAAUUAUCAGACCCAUUAUUUCUGUGCUCUGUCAAUCUCUGGUAUCUUUAGGGUUGUAUCCCAUAAGUUUGGCAUGAGAUAAGUCUUUUGUCCCCAGCUGCAAAGGGCCUACAUCGUAUCUAUGCUUCAAAUAUAGUGAAAGCUGUAUUAGGUUGUCAUACGUACAAGGGUUUAAAUAAGCAUCGACAACCGACGAAACUGAUGCGUCGGCUACUUUACUCAGAGCAGACGGCUACUUUUCUCCUCGAAAAAGUAGCAAUUAGUUUUAAAAGUGUCGUAAACAAAAGUAAAUCAUUAAAUUUGAAUGAAAACGUAACUGUCAAUUAUGAUGUGCUUUCACGGUCCACUGAUAUGUUAUACUUUAGUUACACCAGAAGCGCUUCUGGUUACACAAAAGCUGUAUUUCAGUCAAUUUUUCCACGUUUCUUUGUGAUCAACGCAGAAUUUGUUUAUGAAGAAAUGUACUAAACUUUGAAUAGUGACAUUGGUUCAUUGCUUGUAAGAAUUGAUCGUGUGGCUUUGAAACGUGAAUGAAAGCUAUAUUUUCUUGAAUGAGAAACACAGUCUUUUGUUCUCAAUUUAGUCCCCGGAACACUGGAAAUCGCUUUCUAGGGCUCUGAAACUUUCAAAACAUUUUCUGGGGAGCACGCCCCAAGACGUCCCUAGAAGAAGGGGACUACGGCCCCCUCGUUGAUACAGUCGGUUCUAUUCAAACAUGCCGGCUACUUCAAUUUUUAUUGAAACGCCUGGUAACGUGGGACUCUCUCAUUUGUAUACUUAAUACAGGGUACUCACCUGUUUUGGGGUCUCCUUAAUACAGUUUGCACUGUAGCCUAAAAAGACCUAUUGCAUGAAACACUGAGUGUGGUGGAAAAUUGAAUUGGUUUAUCAUAAAUCCUCUAUUAAGAGAGUUAUUGAUCCCCCCAAACCCCUCCCACUUAUUCUUAAAAUAAAUGAUAGACUGCAUUCAUCACUUCAGAUGAAAUGAUCCGAUAUAGUUUAUUCAAGUCCUUGAAGUCGGGAUUUGUUGUUGAUUUUCGGAUGCGUGGCCUCCACCUUCAUGUACCUGAGCUUUUCCCGUGUUUUGCGUUCUAGUUUUUUUUAUCUAGAACUGAUAAUAUCUUGCCUCUUGACCAUAUUUAAUAAGCCCCCACCCGUCUCUCUUAAGCCCCCUCCCCCCUCCCCUACCAACGUGCUUGAAAUAAAUAAGCGUCCUCCGGGGCGUAAUAGAGGAUAAACGAUAUAUAACUAUCCCAGACUGUGUAGCCAAUGUGAUCGAAGUAAAGGGUAGUCUUACUCUUUGAGGUAGUUAAGGUCAUUUUAAACUUACAUUUGAAUUUGUCAUUAAUCAGGACGAAAAAUAAAUGGCAAGAAAUAGCGCCAUGGUCCUCUGCGUUUGCCUGAUGCAACUUUCUUGUUUUUCCGUUUUCUCUGCAGACCUCCCAUUCUCCAUUUAUCUCUAUGCUGACAGUAGCCCUACAGCUAUGUGGUAUUCCUAUGCAAGUCACACACAGGAUCAACUUUGUUCUCACAGCGCUUCUGGCUGCCCUGAAGGACUUUGUAGUGUUUCUCUUUUCAAGUGUUGUCUUUCAUCAUGUUGUUGAAUAUGGUGUCAAUAGCGGACUCCUGAGGCAAGCUUUGGACAGCUUUGAGUAAUACUGAGGCAUGUACAGGAAGUAUAAUUGUAUCCUUUUGUCUGUGUUGAGUGAAGAAUGCUACUGCAUGCAGCACUGCACACAGCACCAUUGGGCCGAAAGAAACUUCCGUUUCCGGGAGGCGUCCGCCUUACAUGGUCAUGGAAAAUGUCUGACUGAACAGCGUUAGUCACUUACUGCAGAGUCCCUUAUUAAGAAGUGGUCCGUCUGACAGACGUGUCCAGUUAUGGGACAGGUGACUGUAUAAGAGACAGCUAGAAAGCAGCGAAAACUGCUUGAUUAUUGAGCAACAGUCACCGGACAAAAACCUUAUUUGCCGGUGAAGUUGGUACUUUCCGUCAGGCCUUCUCCUGCUUUAGAUAGCGAGUCGUUAUCUUCGCAACAGAGCUCUCUGUGACAAAAACUGUCGUAAUGCACUUUUUGUGCAUCAUUGCACAAGUUAUUUCGACUCUAUUUAUGACUUUCAUACAGUUUGCCGAUAAAGUCAUUCACUGUCACUGAAGUCUUGUUAAGGAUUGCGUUCAUACGGACAAUCAUAUUCAACAUGCAUUUAAACAGUACUUAAAGUGAAACCGAUCAUUGUAGCCAUACGUAUUUGGUUAAAAGUUCUAUCUUCAAGGAGGCGCAAUCAUGAUAUGUACAUGUUAGUCUCCUUCGCAGCCCCUCGGGACAGAUUAACUCGAUGCACUCCGUAGAUGCGAGGAGCGCAUUGCGUGACCCCGACCCGUGCGGCUGCUAACGAGACUACGUACUUAUAGGCACUUAAAAAAUGAACUGUGAUACAGGGGCUCUGGCCUUGUAGUCCAGAGGCCCAGAGUUCAAGGUACGCCCUCAACACUAACUGGAUUUGUUUUCGAUAGUCUUCUUGCGUUCAGUUUCUUGGCCAUGCUUGUAAAUAGUGAUCCGGUUUGCCUCCGGUCAGCUGAGAUUCUUACUUAAUAUUUUUAUUUCAAUUUUUUGUUUAUGCCCUUAUUUUUGGGCGACAAUGCAAACUACUGGGUACUAGUGAGAGUGAUAACACUAUAAGAAUUAAAUUAACAAACACAUUAAACCCUAAUUCUUUCGAAACCACGCAUUGCAAGGCAUCCAUAGAAUGUAUUGUAAUUUUUUUGCACUGUACUAGUCGAUUUGCUUGGUACUCAACAAAGAGCUGUGAACUAAAUCG